UAGCUUCUAAACAAUCGAAUGCAAAAGCCCUAAAAGGCUAAAAACCUGAGUGCCUGUGUCCCAAGCCUGGUCUUCAAAGUCUUCUCCUUUCUUUCAAUAUCCAUUGUAGAAAAUUAGCAUUCACGAUUUCAGGUUACGUGAUGUUGUGUUUCUCUAUCACCACUGCUUAUGGGCCAUUCUGAUUUCUUGAUUUUUUUGUUUGCUGUUGGUGUGUGGUGUACUGCAUAUAUUACUGUCGCUAUUCUUGCUUCGUUCCGGAUAGUCAAUUCCUUGUGUUCGUUCUGAGUUAGUGAAGAAGGUUGAUAAGUGGGAAAAGCUAUCAUGGGUUAUGCACAAUUGGUUAUUGGUCCUGCAGGCAGUGGAAAGUCAACCUACUGCUCUAGCCUGUACCAGCAUUGCGAAACCCUUGGACGGUCAAUACAUAUUGUGAACCUAGAUCCUGCUGCAGAAAAUUUCGACUAUCCUGUAGCCAUGGAUAUACGAGAACUCAUUAGUUUGGAUGAUGUGAUGGAGGAGCUUGGCUUGGGUCCAAAUGGUGGCCUUAUAUACUGCAUGGAACAUCUUGAAGAUAAUCUCGAUGAUUGGCUGAAUGAAGAAUUGGACAAUUACUUGGAUGAUGACUAUCUGGUGUUUGAUUGUCCAGGCCAAAUAGAACUCUUUUCACAUGUACCAGUGCUCCGUAACUUUGUAGAGCACUUGAAGCGCAAGAACUUUAAUGUGUGUGCUGUAUACUUGCUUGAUUCCCAGUUUAUCACAGAUGUUACUAAGUACGUAAGUGGAUGCAUGGCAUCACUUUCUGCAAUGGUCCAGCUUGAAGUACCACAUAUUAAUAUCCUCUCCAAAAUGGACCUUGUAACAAACAAGAGGGAUGUCAAAAACUACUUGGAUCCAGAGCCUCAUCAUUUACUGUCAGAGUUGAAUGAACGGAUGGCUCCUCGGUUUAAAAAGCUAAACAAAUCUUUGAUUGAACUGGUGGAUGAAUAUAGCAUGGUGAGCUUUAUUCCCCUCGACUUGAGGAAGGAAAGCAGCAUACAAUAUGUAUUGGCUCAAAUUGACAACUGCAUUCAAUAUGGCGAAGAUGCUGAUGUGAAGAUUAGAGAUUUCGAUCCUGACGGCGAUGGCGACAACGAGUAGGCCUGUUAAUGCUGUGGAAAAACGUUACCUGUGUUCCGAAUUUCCAUAUGUAGAUAACUUUACGAAAAAGAAACUAAGAUGAGAAUCUAUUGAAAACUGGAAUUUGGAUGAUGAACAAGUAUUGGAAUAAUAUUAUUUUGGUGUAAUGAAUGCAUCACAAUCCGGAUUUCUUGUGCUGA